CCUCCGGGCCCCCAGGCAUGGCCAGCUCGGUAAGUACAUGCAAAAAAAAAUCUUCUUUCCUCCUCCUUCACCCAGCGCUGCUGCUGCUGCUGCCCAGACACCGCUCCGUGGUUACAAUUAGAGAAAGUGUGCUGUUCAGGUGAAGCUGGAGCUAGGGCACCGAGCCCAGGUUAGGAAGAAACCCACCGUGGAGGGUUUUACCCACGACUGGAUGGUGUUUGUUCGCGGACCCGAGCACAGUAACAUUCAGCACUUUGUGGAGAAAGUCGUCUUUCACUUGCAUGAAAGCUUUCCUAGGCCAAAAAGAGUGUGCAAAGAUCCACCUUACAAAGUAGAAGAAUCUGGGUAUGCUGGUUUCAUUUUGCCAAUUGAGGUUUAUUUUAAAAACAAGGAAGAACCUAAGAAAGUCCGCUUUGAUUAUGACUUAUUCCUGCACCUUGAAGGCCAUCCACCUGUAAAUCACCUCCGUUGUGAAAAGCUAACUUUCAACAACCCCACAGAGGACUUCAGAAGAAAGCUGCUGAAGGCAGGAGGGGACCCCAAUAGGAGUAGCCAUACAAAUAGCAGCAGCACCAGUGGUAACAGUUUCUCAAAACCUCACAAGUUAUCAAAGGAGCACAAGGAAAAACCUCCUAAGGACUCAAGAGAACAUAAAAGUGCCUUCAAAGAACCUUCCAGGGAACAUAACAAAUCUUCCAAAGAAUCCUCUAAGAAACCCAAAGAAAACAAACCACUAAAAGAAGAAAAAAUAGUUCCUAAGAUGGCCUUCAAGGAACCUAAACCCAUGUCAAAAGAGCCAAAACAUGAAAGCAGCUUACUUACCAUCACAGGUGGGCAGCAGCAAGAUAAAAAAGCCCCCAGUAAGAGGCCCCCUGUUUCAGAGACUGAGGACCUUGCAGCCAAAAAAAGGAAAAAAAGCAGCUCGGAGGCUUUGCUUAAAAGUUUUUCUAGUGCCCCACCACUGAUACUCACUUGUUCUGCUGAGAAAAAACCUACAAAAGAUAAGUCUCAUGUUAAAAUGGGAAAGGUAAAAAUGGAAGGUGAGACAUCAGAGAAGAAGAAAUCAACUUUACCCCCCUUUGAUGAUAUUGUGGAUCCCAAUGACUCUGACAUGGAGGAAAACAUGUCCUCCAAAUCUGAAGGACAUCCUGCAGAUCUUUCAGAAGAUUUGGAGAAUCCUGACUGGAAGAUGAGAGAGUCUGAACAACCUAGUCCAGCCAGUUCAAGUUCAAGCUCCAGCUCCAGCUUUACUCCAUCCCAAUCCAGACAACAAGGUCCAUUAAGGUCUAUAAUGAAAGAUCUGCAUUCUGAUGACAAUGAAGAUGAAUCGGAGGAGGCAGAUGAGAAUGACAAUGACUCUGAGAUGGAGAGACCAAUAAAUACCCGAGGAGGGAGUCGAAGUCGCAGAGUUAGCUUAAGUGAUGGCAGCGACAGUGAAAGUAGUUCUGCUUCUUCCCCUCUAAGGCACGAACCACCACCGCCUUUAUUAAAAACCAACAGCAACCAGAUUCUAGAAGUGAAAAGCCCAAUAAAGCAAAGCAAAUCUGACAAGCAAAUUAAGAAUGGGGAUUGUGACAAGGCAUAUCUAGAUGAACUAGUAGAACUCCAUAGAAGGUUAAUGACAUUGCGGGAACGGCAUGUACUUCAACAGAUUGUAAACCUUAUAGAAGAAACUGGACACUUUCAUAUCACGAACACAACCUUUGACUUUGACCUUUGCUCUCUGGAUAAAACCACAGUCCGUAAACUACAGAGUUACCUGGAAACAUCUGGAACAUCCUGAGGAUACAGCAACUGGAUACAUAGAAAACUAUCGGGGCUCUCUCUCUCUCUCUCUCUUUCUCUCUCUCUUUUGGUUGUGGCUUUUUCUUUUUUUUCUUUUUUUUUUUUA